CAAUAUCUCCUUAUCUCAAAUUAAUAUUUUGUUUAAUUCCCUUGUGUUUUAUAUAAAUUAGUAAACGAAAUUAAUUAAUUUUCUGAGUUAAAAACUUUAGCUUUCCAAGAGAGAUGAUUUAGAAUCCUUGCGAUGAAUUUUAAUCGAAGUUUUCGCUUGUUUGUAAAUAUUGUGUCACACAAGAAAUUGUCAGCUGUGCAAUGUGAAAAUCUAAAAAUUUUCACGAUCAAUUAAGAAGGAUCAAUCUGUCACUACGAUUGUACAAAAUUCACAAUGCCGUCAAAAAAGAAGAAAUAUAAUGCGCGCUUUCCAGCGGGAAGGAUCAAAAAAAUCAUGCAAACUGAUGAAGAAGUAGGAAAAGUCGCACUUGCUGUUCCUAUUAUCAUCUCUAGAACAUUGGAACUUUUUGUGGAAUCACUGUUGAAGAAAGCCAUGCAAGUAACAAAUGCAAAAAAUGCCAAAACCUUGAGUCCUUCACAUAUGAAACAAUGUAUUUUGUCAGAAAGUCGUUUUGAUUUUCUAAAAGACCUUGUUGAAAAAAUACCAGAUGUAUCAACAGUGGAAGAAGUUUUUGAUCCUGUACCACAUAACAAUGAAGCAGUACAAAAAGUUUCAAACUCUUUGCCCGAACACAAUUAUGCUAGUCGGAUGCCUAUUCCUAAAGUAUCUGGAAAUGGCACUGAGCACAUCAAGCCAUUAGAUCUAGCAACAACAAAUUCUACCGAAAUUGCACAUUGUUCGUCUGGUCCAAAUUUUUAUAAGGAUUUGUCAAAUUCACCUUCUUACACUCCAAAUUCUGUUAUACAGUAUGGAUCUAGACAGCAGAAUAACAAACAUACACUUCCCACCAAUAACAUAAGCCACACACCACCAAAAUUAGCAAAAUUAGAUACAAGUCAAACAAAAGCUUUAAAUAGUCCUUGUACUGUGGUCACAGAUGCCCAACCCGUUUUUCAUUUGGAUUUAUCACAGAAUUCGUAUAAUAGUCCUACUACCUCUACAAAUCAGGUUGCAACUGGAAGUUCUCCAAUGUUUCAUAUAGAUUUAACAAAAUAUAAUUCCCAUAAUCCGCCUCCUCUAGUACCAAUCACUGAUAAAAAACAAAUGCACCCAUUAUAUAGUUCAAAAUUUUCAUCGGCCAAUUCUAAUGAAGAGCUUGAUGAAGAUUAUGAUAACUAAGUAUCUGAAAUU